AUGGCAUCCCUCAUCCGUCUUCACCAGGUCAGCCAUCGAAGACUUUCCUUCGCUAACAUCCAAGUGCCAGUCGAGGUGCUUACUGAACGCGAUGGACUGUCGCCGAUUCAAAUCAGAAUGUGUCAUGGUUAUGCCGACCUCAAACGUCCCGCCGUCUCUGAGGUUUGUUCGAGCAGUGGCAUACUUCUGUUUGAACCGGCUAGUUUAUAUAUAUAUAUAUAUAUAUCCACAGUGAUCCACACUUGGGGUUGGGUAUGACUGGCUGAUGACGGCUAAUUAGCCAGAAAUGGCCAUUCCGGUCUCCCUUGUCUUUGUCGGAACCACACGAUCUACAUCAUUCUACUAGUCGCUGUGCGACUGCUUUGGGAAAGGAAGUUUAUUGUGCAAAUUUUCGACGCCGGUCCCCCAGUCGUCGUCAGGCAGAGACGGACAGCAAAUGCGCCAACACAGCUAACAUCUUAAGUACACGUAAAAAAUCGAUAAUCCCUUGACGCUCACGCCAGAAAGCGGCCGUCGUGUUUGUCAGUCCGUUCUGAUUGGUCCUCGCCUCUUCCAUCUCUCCUUGAAAUUUUUGUACGCGGCAUCCAACUCGGUGUGCCGGUUGAUGCAUGAUUCGUCUGAGUGCAUGGCCUCAAGGAACACUCGGCCUUUCUUUGAGGGGCACAUAGCGACAAUGCGAGUUUUCUCCCAAGCGAAAGUGUCUCCGGUGUCCAGGGUGUGCAUGGCCACUUGAGACAGAUGGUUUCGCCUCUUCACUGCCAACCGGUGUUCGUGGAUGCGUGUAGAGGCGCAUUUUCCAGUCUGGCCACAAUAGACGGCAUCACACGCUUCACAAUGGAUCUUGUAAACGACUUCUUUUUUGUCUAGAUAGUUAACCCUAUAUUUAGGGUGCACGAGCUGAGUGCGCAGAGUAGUCGUCGGUCGGUGCGCCACCUGAAUUUGGUGCUUCCUUAAGUGUCUUUUAACGAGUUCGGACACAUUUUUAAUGUAAGGAAGUGUUCGCCAAGUUUUCGGUUCGGCCGUUUGAUUUGGGCUACAGGCUCCUUUCUCUUCGACUCUUUCUGCCUCAUGCAUCGGCGCAUAUAUAUAUAUAUAUAUAUAUAUAUAUAUAUAUAUAUAUAUAUAUAUAUAUAUAUAUAUAUAUAUAUAUAUAUAUAUAUAUAUAUAUAUAUAUAUAUAUAUAGGCAGAAUGCUAUUGCCGACAAUGACAAGGGGGACUGGAAUGGCCAUUUCUGGCUUAUUAGCCGACGUCAGCCAGCCAUACCCAAGCCCGAAGUGCGGAACACUCGAGCCUCGAACUCGCGACCUGUUGGUUUAGAAGUCAACGCCUCUACUCACCGGGCCACGAGCCCGUUGCCUUGUCGGUUUUCGAUCGGGAAUAUACAAUGUUAGGGGGCGCUCACCGAUCGUUCAUACGGAACUCACUCGUUCCGUUGUGCCUUAUGGACUCUCUCUCGAGCCCAACCAGCAGCCGCACAGCGGCGCAUGAAUGCUAUUGCCGACAAAGUCACAGUGGAACGAGUGAGUUCCGUAUGAACGAUCGGUGAGCGCCCCCUAACAUUGUAUAUUCCCGAUCGAAAACCGACAAGGCAACGGGCUCGUGGCCCGGUGAGUGGAGGCGUUGACUUCUAAACCAACUGGUCGCGAGUUCGAGGCUCGGGUGUUCCGCACUUCGGGCUUGGGUAUGGCUGGCUGACGUCGGCUAAUAAGUCAGAAAUGGCCAUUCCAGUCUCCCUUGUCUUUGUCGGCAAUAGCAUUCUGCCUAUAUAUCAUGCGCCGCUGUGCGGCUGCUGGUUGGGCUCGAGAGAGAGUCCAUAAGGCACAACGGAACGAGUGAGUUCCGUAUGAACGAUCGGUGAGCGCCCCCUAACAUUAUAUAUAUAUAUAUAUAUAUAUAUAUAUAUAUAUAUAGUGGUAGGGGGCGCUCACCGAUCGUUCAUACGGAACUCAAUCGUUCCGUUGUGCCUUAAGGGCUCUCUCUCGAGUCCGACCAGCAGCCGCACAGCGGCGCAUGAUAUAUAGGCAGAAUGCUAUUACCGACAAAUCAAGGGGGACUGGAGUGGUCAUUUCGUCAUAAUAAAUCUCGUCUUCAUAUUUCUGUCUUUAUGGUAUUAGUCGGAAAUUUGUGAUUCCAGUGUACCGCAUCCGACAUGGUUUAGGUUUGUUAAGCUCUCAGUUUCCGGGGAAAACUGCAAUUGUUCGAUUAAAUGCACGCACUCAUUUCGAUGUUCAUUCUUUUAAAGCCCUAAACUUUUCGUUUUCGCAAUUUAAAAAUAUCUUAACUAUGUCUCUUUCUAAGUUCACACACAGUUUGCUAUAAAAUAUGCAAAUAGUCUAAGUGUUCAUGCUCUAUUGCACAAUGCUGUAGGUAUUUACAUAUCCAAAUAUAGUGUAUCUAACAGUUAUGUCCCUAGUUCUAUAGUAUUCUCAUGAUCGCACAUUUCUUUCAUUAAUCACAUCUUAAAAACUUCCCAGCAGUUCGCUUAGGGGGGGGGAAUCCAGCAGUCCCCUGAUUUGAAUUCAAAUUGUCUUCGGUCAUGUGUUUAUGUAAUUUAUUAACUUUGAACCAAGUCGCCCACCGCUGCUCACAUUCACCACGAUGCCUGUAGACUAAACAAUUUUACUUCUUUCCCCGUAUCUUAAGUGUGCCUCAACUAUCCACUGUAUUUGAUCGACAAAGCAAGUUAAUGUGCCUCUAAAUUCUGUUAACGCAUGACAUCCUGUGUUCAUCUGUACAGUCUUUGCUAUUCCCCUCGCAUUUCUUUCCUGUUACUUCCUUUCCAUUUCCUCCAUAUAUAUCCUCUGCAUGUAACCAAUAGGGAUUUCAAAGGCAAACACCUACUUUCCCUGAAAUACACUGAUACUGAUGCUGAAGACAAUACAAUGGAUUCACAGAAUGGAGUCAGCACCCUGCUCACAAAGUUAAGUUGGCUGCAUCUGAACAAUGUUCAGUAUUGCUUUUAUGGAAAUGUAAAGUCUUAAGGGCAAUAAUACUUAUUAAGGCAGUUUAUAAUCGAUAAGGUUUUCGAUAUCUUGCAAACUGUACUAUUGCUGUACCCCAAGCAACAACUCACAUAAAUGUCUCUAAAGUAGCCUCAAAACCCAAUCAAUUUUCCGGCAGAAGUUAUAAAAAUGAUUUCCGCGGAUUUCUCUCAAGUUCUUCAAAUACAGUUCAAAGAAACUUGGGCAAGUGGCACUUAUGCAAGAAGUUGGCAACCAAGGGGUAAGAUGUUUAAAGGAAUUCGGAAUUACUGCAUCAGAGGUUGUUGAAAAUAUAUCCAUCCAUGCGAAUGUGAAAAUGACAGGAAGUAGCAUGAAACUCACAACAUUCGUAAUGCUCGCAAGCAGUCGCGCAAACCUGCUUUUUGUUAAGCAUUGCAAAAACUCAACUGUUAUCCUAUCUGUGUAGUCUUCGUUGAGUAUGUCCUUCUUUGUACGAAUUGGAAUACACAGUUUAUCCAUUUACAAUUUCUGUGAAUUCUCUUAGCUUGACGUCAUCAGACAACUACUUCGUAACAUAAUAUACCUGAGUUUUCAGAAGCACAUUCCCGUCUUGUACGUGGAAGGUGCGGUAAUCUUAGAAAAAUGUUAAUUAUUAUGUAGGUUGUGAAUUUCAUAGUGGUUCUUAGUCCUGACUCGAAUCUUGGAACAAGGUGUAGUCAUGCAGUUUUUGGCGAUUUUUAUAAAUCAGUCUUAACCACCUUGCCAAAUACCUCCGCCAUUUGCUUCCUGGUAAUCUACUUUUGGCGAUGCCAUUGACAAAUCUUGCUGCUUUGUUAAGGCCACCCGCUUGCCACUGGCUUGUUCCAAAUCAGGUCAUGAGCAUCGCACCUGUCUUCAAAAACAAAUACAGAAACACUAGGUCCUCCAAUGACUUAUUUUUGUAUUUACAAAGCAACCUCUUAUCAGGAAUAUUUACAAAAUUCAGCGGCCUCAUUACUCCGUUUUACUCACUCAAUGUAACCUUCAAUCAAGGUCUGCCCGCCCACUACGACACCGACUUCCCCGUUGUAGGAGUCUUGGAUGUAAGUCCAAACUACCAGUCUUCUUUAAAAUAUAAAACUUACAAAACCGAAUUGAAAGGUUCAUUCAGAGUCUAGUUGUUAAAGUGGUCGUUUUUCAGGACAGUUCUUUUGUUAAGGUGCACACAUUAUUAUAUCACAUAUAAUAAAUUAUAUAUAUAUUAUUAUGUAUUAUGUACAUUAUUUUAUCAUUCAUUCGGUAAAACACAUAACAUGCGGAUGUUAAACAAAAAGGGAGCGAUGCCAGAGGUCCUUUAUGCAUUACUAGGUCUUCGGCCAAUGUUUAACGCUAGCGCUCAGCAUCCCUUAUAGCAUUCUACUCGCCCAGGACUAGCCGGUUGCGGGCUAGUGCUACGAUUGUCUGGAUUUUUUCAGUAAUCCUAGUGGACACUGCCCACACGAAAACAGCAGGUUGACGCGCCUUACCGGGCGAGUUGAGGGUGCUUUAGCCCGAGGCGAUUUAAGUUGCCAGACAAGGGCCUAAAUUCCGGACAAAGUGCGUGUGUGCACCCUGAAUGCGUGCGUACUCGCAAAGGGACCCACAGGUGUGUCGUGCAAAAUGCACUCGGGUGAGCAGCAAGGAGGGGGUGUAGCAGAAAAGCCCCUUUCCUCGCACAGAUUGAACGCUGUUAGGCAGUCGGAUUAUUAGUCCUGCACUCGCCCACAAGUCAAACGAGCUAGCAACUGUUUAGCUCUGUACGACUAAAUGCUGUCAGGGAUUGACCGAAGACCUAGUAGCGCAUCGUUUUUCAGAAGCCCAAACUAAAUAACUGUCAUAAAAAGAACUUAACUUCGUCUGGUAUGAAUUUAACUCUUUCUCCUGAAAAUCAAGAGAGAGAUUUGCAUUCAUUCCAGACGAGGUGUAGUUCUUUUCAUGCCAGAUAUAUUGUUUGGGCUUCUGAAAAACGAUGCAUCAAUAAUAAAUUAUCUAUUUUGUAGUGAUAAGCGUUGACAUGUAGGUCAGGGACGUCCCCCUUACCCUGACGUAAAAUUUCCUGUUGCUCUCGUUUUAUUUAAAAGGACCGGGCUUGCCGGUUGGCAGGACAUUCGACACCAGCUCUUUCCAUCCUCUCAGGGAAAAGGGAUUACCCUAGAGAUAGCCGUCUUCUAGUUCUUAACUUCAUAAUUGUUUCAAAAAGUCGCAGUGGAGCAUAUUCUCCAACUGUAUCAUAAUACUGCAUCAUACUCUAAUGUGCGCCAUGGAGUAGUCUAUACCGUCAGGGUCAGUAAGUAAUCAGAACAAACAGUGUAAUAAAUGCGAGUUCAAUAGCAGUAAAUGCCCUUAAAGAAGUCGACUUAAAAUUUUUUAUUCAGAUCAGUCGGUGGUCAAUAAAUAAUCACUAGGUAGUCGGAAACCCUUUAAACGAAAAAUAAUAAAUAGCCAAGACCCGAACAGCCUCACUCUUUUAGUCUGCAAAAUUUCUGAUUUCCACCAUCUAUUUCCUUUGUACGUUUGUAUACCAACUGGGGCCGGAUGGUGUAAACAUUUACAGACAUAUCGAAAGAAAAUAACUUUUUGUGCUACUUCUUAAUUGCAAUGGAAGACUUAAUAGUUACAAUGAAAAUAAUUGAACAGUUUGAGUGGAAAUAUAUGAUACUUCAUACAACACGUAAUCCCUUGAUGUUUAGUUUCAUUAAUUACGAAACAAUUGAGGUUUCUUCCUGGCAAAUGUCCGAGUCAAAAGCAUGAAACAGUCAAAUUGUACGAAUUUUUGUUCUCAUUACCUUUCUCACUUUCUUCUAAUCAGAAAGCUGAAAUAUACAAGUUUUGUGAGACGAAAAUGUUCAUUUUCCCUUCAAUUUAAUGUCGCAGAGUAUCCAUUAGUCAAGGCCGAGUUGGCUGACUUGGAUAAACUUCUUUUUUAUUUACAAUCCCUAGAUCGAUAUAUUAAUGCGCGACGGGGUCUAACAAUAGUUGGCAGAAGAAUCCACUUUGUGGAAUGGGAGGCGCAGGCUGUGGUGUUUCUUUGCUCUUCUUAGGCCACCUGAGUUGGUUGGCCAUCGAGACCAAUUUCACCUUUUCAGCUUCAGGGGCCAGAACAGUCUAAUUUAUACACUCUAGUCUUUGAAGAAGUAAACCUUUAGCAAGUUUUCCCUCUUUGACUUUAAACAACUGUAGUACAUGUACAAAUAUCCCCUCCGAAUAUCACUAACGAUGGCAGAUGGGGAGGGUAACCGCCAAAUAUUUAGCGCUAAAAAUUUCUAUCGCAUAAGCUAAAAAUAUCAAGACUGAUUUUUUUAGUUUAAUUAUGCUUAAUUUGAGUAAUUUCUUCUUCUCCAUGCCCGUUAGCGCACUGUUCAGCUACCAGACAAUGUCCCAGUUUAAUAAUUCCGCGGCUGAUUUAUCCCUCAAGGAAUACUAUGAACAUCUCAAGUCAAUAAUCAAAAGGUUGAACAGGUAAGAACACCAUUUGACUGCAUGUCUUCUCUUUAGGAAAGUGAGCGAUAGCCCAGACUGCCGGCAAAAAAUUAUCCGCCAAUUGAACAAACAGGGUGUGGACGUAUCCACUGCCGUAAAAAUAAUACAAACUGAAAGAAAGACCUCCCGUAGGCGCAAAGAUAGCAGUUCCAGCGAAGAAAGUGAUUCCGACAGCGAUUCAGACUCCGACUCCGAAAGCAGCAGUGAAAGCAGCAGCGAAAGUAGCAGCAGCGAAAGCAGCAGCGAAAGUAGCAGCAGCGAAAGCAGCAGCAGCGAAAGCAGCAGCAGCAGCAGUGACAGCGAAAGCACCUCAGAUGAUUGCAGUUCGAGUAGUGACGACUCGGAUUCGGACAGCAGUUCCGACAGUGAGUCCGACAGUAGCAGUAGUAGUAGCAGUUCAGAUGACCAGAAAAAAGUAAGCCCCCAGAAGAAACAGAAGGCUCAGAAGAAUGUUAAGUUGUCCAAAAUUCCGAAGAUAUGA